AGAUUGUCAUCUAAAGGUAAUCAGAAAGGGCAGAGCUCCCGUUUCAUCCGCUUUCAAAAUUUAUAUGAAAAUACUGCCUAAUCGAAAGAGAACAAACCCCACCCCAAAACUUAUUCGAAAAUUCGUUUCUUCUGCAUUCAAAAUCAGUCAAAAAUUUCACAUCAUAUCAAGACAUUGAAGACCAUUAGUAAGUGUAUCUACCCAGUACCCACCCAAUCGCCUCAAAACCCUUUUGCAUUUCUUCUUCUAGGAUCUCCUGCUCUUCACCCACUUCUCUUCCUAACUGCAUCGCUUUCUCUCCCGAUUUGGAUUCACCCCUGUUUGGGGAAACAAAUUCAGGUUCAAAUUGACGAACCAUUUGUAUGAAGUUAUUUCUGCCAAGUUUCUAGCUUUCUGAUGAACGUGAAGGUAGAUGAUGGAUAUCAGAUUGCUAUAUUGAAAUACUAGAUUCAUCUUGUUAGCUGGCAAUGAGCAGGUCACCUUCAUUUACAGCCAGGACAGAAUCCAAUGCAUUUGUGGAUCCAGAAUCCGUACAAAAAUGGAUUGUUGCAUUUUGCAUAAUUAGAUUCGAUCUUGAACAAGGUCAACUCAUUGAAGAAUGUUAUCCACCUGGUUGUCUUACCCCUGAAGAAGAACUCGACAUUGCUUUCAGUUCAUUCCCUGAUUCAGUAUCCCAACACCAUAACCGAUCAAGCAUCCAUGAUUCCAUGUUCUUCUUCAGAACACAAAGGCGAGGGAAUUUUCCAGGUGAAAAGACACAUAAAAAGCCGAAUGAAUCUCGAUCCAAAUACUUAUACGGUUUUGUAUUCAAUAGACAAAGACACGAUGAGAGACUGAAACGAGGUGGCGAACAGAAAUCAGUGGUGAUUCUGUCACGAAGUCCAUAUUCCAGUUUAUUUAAACCUUUAUUACAAAUCAUGGGUCCUUUGUAUUUUGAUGUUGGAAGGAAAGCCAUUGAUUAUAUUGCUGGUUCUAUGUCAACAUGGUCUUCACCAUUACCCGGUCAACUCAUGGAGCUUCCUAUAGGAAACGCAACACUUAAAGUCAACCUGCCACCUGUCCAUAGCUUGUCAUUCGAUGGUGAGGUGGCAUUUGAAGAGUCUGCUUCCUCCAUGGCCCCACUUCUUCCUACAAAUCAAUCAAUCCCACAUGGCCUCUUUCACGAUUCAGAUGUAUUCGGGAUUUUUCGUGGGCUUUUACUACAACUUUGGUUAUUAUGGGAACUGUUAUUAAUUGGUGAGCCUAUAUUGAUUAUAGCACCAACACCCCCACAGUGCUGUGAAGCUGUUGCUAGUUUAAUAAGUCUAGCUGCCCCACUUUUCAUCAGUGUUGACUUUCGCCCGUAUUUCACUAUCCACGACCCGUAUUUUGCCCGUUUGAAUUCCCUUCAAGAAGGCGAAACUUUCCCUCCAAUUCUUUUAGGGGUCACGAAUCUUUUCUUCUUGAAAUCUCUUCGUAAUGUACCUCACAUUGUCUCUGUUGGAAGCCCGGCUCCGAAUUCGGGCAGGGUCGGUUUUUCUUCACGGGCAUCCACGGGCAGGCUUUCGGGCAGGCCGGAAGGGUUUAACUUUCCAAAUCUGAAGAAGUUUUCUCCUUCGAAUUUAUUAAGUGCUGUGAAGUUAAGGAGAGAUGGGCCACUUUGUCUUAUGACAGAACACAAGGAAGCUAUCUGGAGUAGUUACAUGCCAAUUACUAAACCAGACACAUCUAUUUUGAAUAGGCUUGUUGAUGCUGGAUUGUCUCCAAGGGUAGAAGAGUCAAUGUCGGUUGUUAAUAAUGAGAUACUUCGUCGCCAUUUCUUGGAGCUUACUACAAAUUUUUUAGCUCCAUUUGGCCCUUAUUUUAGAGUUAAUACGCCUUCUGUGGGGUCAUCUCCUUUUCUUGAUCCACCUCCUUUAACUGCUUUUGAUGGUGAUGAAUUUCUUGCAAGCUUAUCCACUAGAGGUCCUGGGAAGUUUUUAUCCAAGAGGAUGAGGUCUAAUUGGCUAGAUCUCUACAGGCGAUUCAUGAAAGGGCAUAACUUUAAACCAUGGUUUCAAAGAAAGCGAGCUGUAGCUGAACAAGAACAACAUAGAUUAUGGAGGCAAGCAAGAAUGCAUGCUGACAUCCGAGAAUUCAUUUCCAGAUCAUCUGAAUUGGAAAUUGUUGAGAAAUUCCAUGCAAUCGAAAGGCAUCUUCUUUUUGAAAUGCAGCAAUCUGAAAAGUCGGUUGAUAAUUCAGAAGCAACAUGGCAUAAACUUAAAGGAGAUUUGCAGGUGGUUUUCAAUGUCCUUCCUAAAGACAUGCAACAUCUCCUCCUUAUGAACCCAGAAAGAGCAACCCUUUUACAAUGA